GGCCGGGCCGGGCGGCAGCGCGGCUGCCGAGGCGGAGGUGGCGGGUAUGGCUCCGCCGGCGACGGGCGGGAUCCCGCCGACUGCUCCCUCGCUGGGCCCCACGGCUGCCGGGCUGGGCAACCGCUCCGCUCUCGGUAAUGGAGAGCUUCUCCAGGUUUUAUCAAGCUAUGGCUUACAGACAACUACUUUGACAACUAAAACUGAUGGCAAUGAUGGCAAGGCUGAACACCUAGAGUAUAUUGCCUUUGCAUUGGUUCCUGUCUUCUUCAUCAUGGGUCUCUUGGGGAUCCUCAUCUGUCAUGUCCUUAAGAAAAAGGGAUAUCGUUGUACGACAGAGGCUGAAGAAGUAGAAGAAGAAGAAAAAGUUGAUGAAAAAAUAGAAAUGAAUGAAACUAUACAUGAAAAUAGCGACACUGUGGGACAAAUUGUUAACUACAUUAUGAAAAAUGAAGCAAAUGCUGAUGUGUUAAAGGCCAUGGUAGCAGAUAGCAGUGUCUUUGAACCUGAAAGCCCUUUAUCACCUACCUCUCCUGGGAGUCCAGUGAGUCCAGGGUCUCCUUUGUCACCGGGUGCUGUUCCAUUUAAACACAGCUGCAAAGGCCAUCACUUCCAUACUGUUGGAGGAGUAAUAGAAAAGGAUGUUUGUACUCGUUGUAGCCACAAACGAUGGCAUCUUAUAAAGCCAGCGCACAAAUCUAAAGAGCACAGAAGAAGUCGUCUUGGAGAAGUUACAGUCCUUUCUGUGGGAAGAUUUAGAGUCACGAAAGUGGAGCACAAAUCGAAUUCCAAGGAACGGAAGAGCCUGAUGUCUGUUACUGGUGUGGAGAGUGUCAAUGGUGAUAUGCCGGUCACACCUACGAAACAGGAAGACAGCGAAACACCCGCCACGCUUGAGAAACCGGAGGCACAAGAGAGGAGAAGCUCAGAAUAAACUGCAGGUGGAGCUUUUAGAAGAAACUUGUCUGCUAGCACUUUGGAGAAAACCGAAAACUCCCAGGAGACGCAUACUAUUUAAGGAAAUAUAUUUAUGGCACUGUAGCAUUUUACAAGUUCUGUGAUGGCGUCCAUGCAAGGUUAAACAUUUAACGGGCUUUCUCCAGUAAAGUCAGUAAGAUUUAGACACUUAAGUGCUGUUGAGCUGUGUGGACCUCAUACCAAAUGUUGGGCUUCAUCUUGGAAAGAAAAAUUACAUAUCAGGUUUUGCACAGGAAAAGUUAAAAGCCUUAUCAAAUAAUCUUAAUUUUUUUUGUACUUAAUCAAGCAUUUUUAAUGAGCACAAUAUUAUGAGUAAUGUGAUUACUCUGUGGGUAAACUGUGUUCACCCCUCUGGUCCGUCUGGAUUUUUCUCCUCUGUUCUUCCCCUUCAGAAUUGGCAAGUGUUUGCUGAAGAUAAAAGCCAGCCUUUGGAAGAUUAAAAUAUUCUUUUAAUCUAACUGCUAGUAGCCAAGCAAACAAGGAAAUAAUUAUGUCAGCCAAAAGCUGCAUGUGUGCCUUUAGUAGUACAUAAGCCCUCGGACUCUGUGAAGAGCAUUUCACAGGACAGAGCGGUUCAGCUAUAUGCAGACGUUAAAUUAAAUUGUCUUUCUCCUUACUACUUAACAGAGGCUGAAGAGCAUCUUUUUCUAUGCAAUUGGGUGAGCUCUUGGGAAGGUUCCUUUCCUCAAGGACACUCGUUCUCCUGCUUCCUUGUUACUACUCGCUCAUAUUUGAAGAAUGCCUAAAAGUUUUGCCUUUCUCUUUUAUUUUUACCCACAGGUUCCUUAUUAAGCUAAGGCAACAUAUUUCAACCAUUAGAUAAGGAUAUGGAAUAUUUGGCAUUAAAAAUCCGUGGAGUAUAUACUAAAGUACUUCAGAGUGGCUUUAUUGGACUGAGGGUAGCUGUUUUCAUUAGCACCAAAUCUUAAGCCAGUGUCACUCCCUUCAUGUUUUAAGAGUGACUUAACUGCUAAAAAUACCAGUGAUGGUUUUGUGAUGUUAAUUCUUUGUGUCUACUUAUCAUGAUCUCUGCUUUGUCCCUGCAAAGGGAAAUCUUUGCAACACUUCAGCAAAUUUUGCUGUGUAAUAGAAACUGAAAAAUAACAUUUGUUCUUAGUGCCUAAGAAUAUAAGCUCUAAUGUAAUGCAUUUUAGUAGACAUUGCACUAUAUUCUAAGAAUGAACUCAAUGAAAAUCAAUGUUGGUUUUGGAAUUGAUUUGUUUUUAAUUAAUACUUUCAAUACUUUUAAUUGAAGUGCUCUAAACUGUGUUUCUCCUUCAUAUCUGAGAAUCAAGUUUCUUCAUCAGUUUAUGCAAUGUUAACAAUCAGUGUGUACAAAGAUAAAAAUUAAUCUUCUUGCUUAUGUAUUAGAUACUCCCACAUCUUGUCAGGAAACAUUAAGUUAAUUUCACUCUUGCUGAAAGUAUGUGCUGCUGAUGGUCUUCCUUCUACUUGGGUCCAUGAGAUACUGACUGGACCUAUCAAUAUGUACUUUUCACUGAUGCCAUAUUUGCCAAAAAAACCCACUAAACCCACCACCCACCAAAGCUCUGAAAAGAAUAAAUGGUUUACUGUUGCUUUUAAAAUUGAUAUUUUAGACAUAACUGUUCAUUCUUGAGGACCCAAAAUAACUGUUUUGCUAGGACUGGAACUUGUGUGUUUAGCAUCCCUGCUUCUAUUAAUUUAUACCUGGCUUAUGGAAUUGCUUCAAUAAUUAAGUAUAACAUAAACACCAAGCUCACGUUACAGGCAUAUAUUUAAUAGUCUUGAAUUGUUUUUCUUCUUCAAGCUUCACUUGAUUAUUUGAAUGAAAAGCUAAUGUUUCUGGAAGAAUUGGUUAUAGUAGUUAGCUUUCAAUUUGCAAGAGAUUGAGAGCUAUGAGUAAUAAAUGUUACUGGGAAAAGGGAGUAUUGGGCAAAACCUAGCAGUUUCAAAUAAUUUUCAGAAAGGAGAUACACAGUUACAGACUGUCCCAAAAGCUUAAAAAAAAAAAAAAACCAAACCAAAAAAAAGGGUUUUCUUUUGGUAAUACUGUGUUUUGAUACAUGAUGGGUUAGUACUGCAAGUAAAUUUGCUAAAAGGGUGGAAGAAAGUUUAAACAGAAAUAUGUAUUUUUUUACUUAAUUUAAAAGUAGUUUCUAUUUUGAUUCCAUUGGGAAAAUGUAGAAUUAAAUAUAUUAAAAUGUCUUAGAUAUGUAAAACAUUGUUUACCUGUAUAAAAUACAUACAUAAGGUAUUAUAAUACCUGAUAUGUGCAAGAAUGUAACUUGUGAACUGCUACUUCAAUAAGAGGAUUUGGAAACUGUGCCUAUUUCAUUGCAUUUAACACUACACCCUGCUAAUUUGUAGGGGUAUGGAUAUUGCCAUAUUAGUCAGCCUUUCUUAAAUUUGCGUAUCAGAUGUAUUUUAACAAAAUAGUUUAUAUACGACUUUUGUACUACCAAGCAGUAAAUAAAAAAUAAUUGAUUCUUGAGUUUGCUUGUGAAUUCCUUAAGCUUGCAUCCAUGUGUGAAAUUUAGUGUUUGCACAGUCUUAAUGUGUAAUGCAAUCUCUUUGCAUCUUAAGUUUUCUUUAUGGAGGUAGUGAGAAGAUUAGGUGGUUGUGUGAUGUACUUCAGGGCAGUUUUAUUUUGAGAAAGAACAGUUGCAAAUGUUACUUUAGUUCCAUAGUUUAUAUGGGAAAGAAGAAAAUCUAUGCUAUAACCCAAGCUGGUAUCUGGUUAGAUUAAGGACCUUUUACCUUUAAAGUAUCAAGACUUUUGACUUUUUAUUGUAUUUGAGCUUUUAAAAAAUACAAAACAUUCUCUUUAUUCUCAAUUGUUUUCAUAAGGUGUGGAACAAAGAAUUACAAAUGACAGGAAGCUCUUUGCUGUUGUUUCCUCUGAGCCUCUGUCCCUCUGUGAUACUACAAUGCUUAAUUUGUUACAUUACACUCUCACAGGUGACUAUGAUCUGUAAAUGGCAUUAAAAAUGAGUUUUGCUGUACGAGUAGUGUGAAGGAGGCUCAAAGCAAGUUGUGGCUAGCUGAGAUGUAAUUAUCGGUGUACCAUCCUGUUUGCAGUUUUGUGUUCUUUAUUUCAGUGUUCCUAGC